CCUUUCAGAUGCAUUAAAAGAGAUUCAUUCAAAAGGACACACGCAUAGUAAUUUACAUCCUGGUAACAUAUUUCAAGUGUCCCAAGACGAAAAGCUGUCAAGCAAUUCAAAAAGUUCCGAUGGAAAAGUCAUUGUUCAUCCUGAGGCUAUAUACACAAGUAGGCCACUUAGUGGAAUAAUCACACAAGGAUAUGGGCUUGAGUUUACACUUCCUCAGGAUAAUUCACGCAAAUCUAUUCAUUCUGAAGAUUCUGAGACUCAAGAUGAAGACAAAAUUAGUGAGACUCAAGAUAAUGACAAAAUUAGUGAGACUCAAGAUAAAGACAAAAUUAGGGAGACGAUCUCGAAAAAGAGACGUAGUGACUUGGUUCUUAAUUCGGUCUCAAAUAAUGAUAUCCCAACUAUUAAG